GAUAGGGUAUUAUAUUACUAGCAAUGGGACUGGUAAUCCCCAUUACUGACAUAUUAUUUGACAUUAAUUUUAUGCCUGUCUACAACAAAUCGGCCAUAUAGAUUUCCGAACACAUUUCACAUGAUAUUUUCAAAGGGUUUUAUAUAAAUUUUUGUGUUUAGAUUCGAUUAUAUUUGUUUAUUUGCCCGAACAUUGUCUUUUACAGAUAUUGAUCCAUUGUGAAGUACAAAUGUUCGCCUUAUAGUCUAAAGCAUGCAAAGUUAUUAGAUUUUUCAAAAUUGUAUUGUUUAUAAGGUCCCUAUUCUUUUGAAAUAUGACACUCAUUGGUGCAAUUUUAAAGAAAGCCCAAUCCAAAGAAUCCGUAUCGAGGAGAUAUUCUUCUCCACCGCCUGAGAUUAAAGAGGAUGUGAUAAUUAAGAAGAAGAAGAAAUUGUUAGUGCAUAAGUUCGCGCACGUGAAGCCCGCAGUCGACUCGUCUCCCCCGCGGUACACCCCAGCACUAAUGCUGCGUUCGCUACCCGUGUACCAUCGCCAGCUGCUACAUACGUACCAAGAAAACAUACGACUUCUUAUGGCCAUAAAGAGGAUGCAUUUUCUGAGGGGUAAAGUGGACUGCUGGCGGAAGGAACCACCUCACACAGCCACUGAGCAAUAUUACAAAAACCGAAUGCAUUUCCUUAAACAAGUGCAAAAUGAAAAUGAAAAUAUGUACUGGCGAAUUGUUAAUUCUAAGGCGCGUGUGGCUAGCACGGCAUCACUGCGCAAACACUGGCGACGUAACCGCUGCCAGAUCCUGCACCGGGCACAAGCGCCUUUCGUGCUGUUUCCACCUGUGCCCCAGCAGAUCGUAGAAGACGCUGCGUUUGCGCCGCCAGCGGGCGUAAAACGACCUAGGGUUUUUCUAUCGUUGCGUAUCCGCAACGGCGCCGUGCUCGGUGACCUGACCGCGGAACUCUUUACCGACGUGUGCCCACGGACUUGUGAGCUGUUUCUCGCUCUGCUGAACGGCGAUGGACUCGGCCACGGUUACGUAGGCACUUGCUUCUUCAGGAAAGUUCCAAAUCUCUACUGGAGCGGCGGAGAUGUGAUACACAACAGUGGGUACGGAUGUUACGCGCAGCGUGGACGCCUAAUGCCGAUUGGGGCUGAAAACUACCACUUCCCACACUCGAUGCCAGGUCUACUAUCGAUGCGCGUGAGUAGCGACGAUGAAGUGUGUGGCAUUUUCAACAUCACCUUCAAGCCACUGCCUCAAUUUGAUCUUCGGAACGUUGUCUUCGGGAGAAUUAUCCGUCCGUGCAAAACCUACGAGGCUAUUCGGGAAUUGGGUUCACCGCUUAGUACUCGACCUAUCGUCGAGAUGACUGCAGCUCGGCAUCGCGUCGAUGGCCGCUGGGUGUACGGACAACCUAACACUAAGAUCUAAUUUUUUUUGUGAUAUAAUUAAUGUUUCGACUAUAUUCAGUGUUAUUUAAUAAUUUAAAUACUUUUUAAUAAGAGUAUUAAUUCGAUGUCAUUUAAUUUUAUUAAUCAUAUUUCUUACUUUUCUCCUCUA